GCUCCCCUCUCCGCAGGUACAGCUGCGGGCCGACCGUGUACGACCAGGCACACCUCGGGCACGCCUGCUCCUAUGUUAGGUUUGAUAUACUUCGAAGGAUAAUGACUAGGUUUUUUGGAAUUGAAGUUAUCAUGGUGAUGGGGAUCACAGACAUAGAUGACAAGAUAAUAAAAAGAGCCAGUGAGAUGAAUAUAUCGCCAGUAGCUCUUGCUCGUAUUUAUGAAGAAGACUUUAAACAAGAUAUGGCUGCCUUAAAGGUCCUUCCUCCUACAGUAUAUAUGAGAGUGACUGACAAUAUUCCUCAGAUAAUUUCCUUUAUAAAAGCAAUAAUUGCUAGUGGACAAGCUUACGCAACCUCACAAGGCAAUGUUUAUUUUGAUGUUAAGUCUUUGGGAAAAAGAUACGGAGUAUUAACUACUAUUCAUCCUGAUACCCGAGAUGAAUCAGUUGAUACUGAUAAACGUCAUGGUAAAGAUUUUGCCCUGUGGAAGGCUGCCAAACCUCAAGAGUUAUCUUGGACUUCUCCCUGGGGAAAAGGAAGACCUGGAUGGCACAUUGAGUGUUCUACAAUAUCAAGUGCAGUGUUUGGAAAGCAGCUGGACAUCCAUACCGGUGGAAUAGAUCUUGCGUUUCCUCAUCAUGAAAAUGAAAUUGCACAGUGCGAGGUGUAUCAUCAGUGUGAGCAAUGGGGGAAUUACUUUUUGCAUUCUGGGCAUUUGCAUGUUAAAGGAAGUCAAGAAAAAAUGUCCAAGUCAUUAAAAAACUACGUAACAAUUAAGGAUUUCUUGAAGAAAUUUUCAUCAGAUCAAUUCAGGAUGUUUUGUUUGCGCAGCAGAUACAGCUCAGCAAUAGAAUUUAGUGAUGAGAGCAUGGAUGAUGCAAAGCACCUUCUUCAAGCAGUCUCCUCAUUUAUUAGAGAUGCAGAUGCUUAUAUAAAAGGACAGCUGGUAUGUGACCCUGUUAGAGAAGACAUACUGUGGGAAAGGCUAGCCAACACAAAAGUAACCGUGAAGGCUGCGUUUGCAGAUGACUUUGACACCUCCAGGGCUGUUGCAGCAAUUAUGGACCUCAUUCACCAUGGCAACAGACAGCUUAAGGCUGUUACUAAGGAUGCUGGAUCUCCUAGAAGCUGUGUUGUGUAUGGAAGCAUUAUUUCCUAUAUAGAAGGCUUUUUUAAUGUCCUUGGGAUGUCCUUUGGAGAAAGACAGGUGACUCUGGGAAGAGACAACUCUACUGUGCUCUCCAAUGUCAUUGAGGAGCUUGUAAGGUUCCGUGCGAAGGUGCGUCACUACGCGCUUGCUCUGCCAGAAGCAGCAGACACCGUGCCCGUGGAGGGUGCUGCAGGAGCCAAAGGAUCGAAACAAGAAGAGAAGGAAAAGAGGCAGCAGUUAAUGCAGGAGAGAAAACCCCUCCUGGAGGCUUGUGACAGUCUGCGUGGAGACCUUGCUGCCUUUGGAAUCCACAUAAAGGACAGAGCUGCUGUUUCAACCUGGGAAAUGGAGGAAGGAGGGCAAGCAGAGCAGCGGACUGGGAAAAAAGGCUGAUCUUUCAUUCUCGGACUUGUUUUUUAUUUCAGCUGCUUUGGCAACAGUUGUAAAUACUAAUACUUUCAAAUAAAAUCUUUGGAAUGGAAUGCCUAACAAAGAUCAAAUACAAUCUCAGCAAAACUGUUGAGGAUACUACUAGGUAAAUAAAUACAGGAGCAGCAGCCGAUGUGUAUGUAGCGCAGGGGGUGGAAGCAUCCUGACUCCCCGGCAGUGUGGAAGCAGCUGUGUCUGACAGAGGCAGGAACAGCCCCCCUGGCUACGUGAUCUGCACUCAAACUCUGCUUUGCUGAACUGGCACUGAGAAUUAAAACAGCGAAGACAGAGGCAAGAGUUUAGGCCCAUCUUUGAGGAUGAAAACACAGUCUUAUGCCUACUAGUUUAAACAAUUGUGUUCCUCUCAGCCAGAGAAGGAGGUGAUGCUUUUAGCAUUGAAGUUUUCCCUUAUUGCAGUGUUACUGGUUUGGUCCUGUGAAAUCUUGAACUGCACUAUGACAGUACCCAGUUAUGUGUGAGUCUUGGCCUCUUUUCAGUUUGCUUUUGCCCAGAAUACACUGAGGUGUCCAGAGCAGUGGGAAUGCAGCCCCUUUAGCCUGUCUCCAUCAGAACUGGGAAGAUAAAAUGAGUAUGUUUAGUUAUUAUCUGUUCUGUUAGUUUUUCUUUUGCCAUGUUUGUGUUAGAAGAUCCCUGUGGUGUGUGGCUGGAGAUGGAUGCUGAGGCCUGCCUUACAUGUGAGGCAUCCUCUGUUCCAGUGGCUGAGUUCAUACAGAGCCAUACUUUCUUUAAAUCAUUUUAUGAGAAGAUAACAAAACUAAGAAUGGGGGUUCAUCUGCAAGGAAUUUAAUUUGAAAACACAAUUCACACAAGUAAUCUGCUCGAUGGGGAUAAAAGCUUUCUUUUAUAGUGUUGAGAAUAAAACAUGUAGCUGCUUUUCUGCUCCCUUUCUGGCUAUCAGUGCUCCUAGAGGAGAUUGGGGGGUCUACAUUAGCACUUUGGCAGAUGCUUACUUGACACUGUUGGUAUUUUAAAUUUGCUAGUUGCUCUACUAAAUUAGAAUGAAUGGCAAAAAAGUUGGCUCAGCUUCUGGGGGAAAUGUGAUUGGAACACACCAAACAAAGUACACAUACAGUUAAUUUGCUAUUAUUUUUAUUUCCUACCAAAAGAAACUGCUACAUUUCCAGAAUGUUUAAAAAUUGUAACAAUUUGUAUACAUUAGUGAAUAACAGAGAUAUAACUCCUGUGUAGAUUUAAAACCAACACACCAGGUUGAAGUCUGUACUGAGCUCUGUUAAUUGAUUGACUUUGCCUACAAAUGCCAUUUAGAUUAUAAUACCACUGAUCUAAAUACAAAAAAAAAAAAAGCUCAUUUUAAAGAAAAUCCAGUAGCUGUUUUAAAA